UCAGUGUAAUUCACAGACCAAUGACGCCACGAAAUAAUUUCCACAAGGUAUUAUGAAAAAAACAACUCCAAACUCGAUGGUAAAACCGAAUUUAAAAAAUAUCGAGACUGACGUCUCCCAGAGUACUAUUUCGUAUUAUCUUUUCAAAAGAUAUUUUCACAAUGUCGAAUAGGGACGAAUCAUAUUAACUUAAUCAAAUACGUCCUUUGACCGAUGAUUAUUUGGCGAGUGUGCAAAGUGCGUGGUCGAUUAUAGCGUCAACUUUAAUCCAACAACUGAGCUUUUCGAAUAAUAAAUGUACGCAAGCGUGUACAGACACAUACGAUGAUCUCUCAAUAAACUGAGUCUAGUCCAACUAAUCACGAAUCACCAAUCACGAAUUGACGAAGACACGUCUUUGACGGCGCAACUCAACAACAGAACUAGAACAAUAUACAAAGUGGAUACACAAUCUUUCUGUGAAUUACGAGUACGAACGGAUUUCUUGAAAAAUCGUCCACUUGUGGACAUUAAUGAAAUCCAGUUUCACAUUGAGAAAGGUCAGCAAUUGUUGAAGAAGAAAAGAGUCGUCUAAUGUUGACACAAAAAUGAUGUUAAACAGAUUUUUGAUAGUCCAACUGCGCUUCAAAUCGUUGAAGAAAUUUUUGGAUUUCUCUCGGGUGCCUAAAUUAAAUGAGAAUGACCUUGAAGAGCAAUAUGUCCGGGGAAGUGGUCCAGGUGGUCAGGCAACUAACAAAACAAAUAACGCAGUAGUUUUAAAACACAAACCGAGUGGAAUAGUCGUGAAAUGUCACCAGUCAAGAAGUUUAUGGGACAAUAAAAAAACGGCUCGUGAAAUAUUAGUAAUGAGACUAGACAGCAAAUUGAAUGGUGAAUUCUCAAUUGAGAAUCAAGAACGCAAACUUCUAUCGAAACAAUCAGCAGAUCGCACACGCAAGAGAAAUAAAUUACUGCAAUUGAAGAAUGAAUUCAAGGAACGAGAGGGAUUAAAUUGACUCAGACGUUUCAUCCUGUAUUUCUCUUUUUUACAAUGAAAUUACCAUUAAUUUGACUAUAAAAUAUGAAAAAAUUGGUACACACAUUUCAUUUAAACAGACAAAU